CGUGCACACUGGUCCUCCUCCCGUCGUGCCAAGCGAAGCUAGUCGAGCAUCACCGCCCUCUUCUUUCUAUCUUCUGUCUUUUCUGUCCCUUCGUCGCAUUUCUGUGUUUUUUCGACCUUCACCGAAUGCAAAAGGCGCCUUCCUUCCUUUCCCCACAUUUCUUCUUCGAGCGCGAAGCGUUUUUUCUUCAUAUUUUUGUUUUUGCAAGCCACCCGUAACGCGACAGGAAGGGAAAAAAAAAAACACCACAACAACAACAACAAAAAAAAAACAACAACCUUGCGUCCAUAUCCAGCGGCGCCUAUUUUGACAGCCUAUGUGUUACCGAUUUGGCCGUCAUUCUCCGCGUUUAUUUCCCACCCUCGUUCGCGUUUUAGGUGGACGGCGAGCUCCCAUGCUGCUUUGCGCACCGCGCGACAACAGCUCACCUUUGCAGGACAACCUUCCUCUUCCUCCUCCUCUUCCUCCGAAAGCAUCAGCGGCCUUAUCCUAAAUCCGUCCUCCCCUCGGCUGCCCUCGGACCCGCCCUCAUUCUCCUGUCCGUCCCCCACCCUCGCGCCCAGCUGUGGCCCUCACAGGGCGCGACCGCUGGCGCUCACCUGGAAGGUCCUUGGCCUCAGGACGACUGCCAGCACCAGCACCUUUCCUACAUGAGGGACAAGGCCACACAGACCCCCAGGGCCUGGGCAGAUGAGAGGAGGCGAGGCUCUCACAAGCGUUCGGCCUCCUGCGGGAGCACCGACCAGCUCAAGGAGAUCGCCAAGCUGCGUCAGCAACUCCAGCGCAGCAAGCGGAGCAGCCGUCAUCGGAGGGACAAAGAGCGCAAGUCGCCCUUCAAUGGCAGCCAUACCAUCAUGCAGUCGCAGGCACCCAUGCCCAAGACCAUUCUGAUACCCAUCCCCAUAUCCAAGUCAUCCGCUCCUCGCUUCCGCAACAGUGUGGAGGGUCUCAACCAGGAGAUCGAACGUAUCAUCAUCCGAGACACCCCUGAGAAGGAUGAAACCAUUGUUCCGCAGGACGUCCCCGACGGGCACCGCGCGCCACCGCCCCUCCCCCCGCAGCGCAGCAGCAGCACCCGCAGCAUCGACACGCAGACCCCCUCGGGGGGCGGCCUGAGCGGGAGCCACAGCAACAGCAGCAGCCGCCCCGACUCCAUCUCGCCGUCCUACCUCACCGUCCUCACCGACGCGGUCGGCGGUGGCAGCCCCUUUGACGACAAAGAGCUGGGCCCCUGCUCCCCGCUGCCAAAAUACGCCGCCUCUCCGCGGCCUAACAACAGUUAUACAUUCAAGAGAGAACCUCCAGAGGGCUGCGAGAAAGUCAAAGUGUCUGAGGAGUCCCUGCCCAAAACUCUGCAGGAGGUCCCGCCCUUCCUGUGUCCCGACCGCAACAAAGUCAACUUCAUCCCCAACAGCGGCUCCGCCUUCUGCCUCGUCAGCAUCCUCAAACCCCUGCUUCCGGCCCCAGACCUUAACUUUCGCCCCGGGGUGGGCCUGCGCAGUCUGUCCCCGUCGCUGGUGCCUCUGUCCACCCAGCCCUGCCUCCUGGAGGAGCCCGAGAGCUUCUGACGAGCACCUUAAACACCUUAAAGCUCUGGAAAAAGAAAAAAAAAGGCCUUCAGCAUGCUAGCCCUCUGAUGUCUUUGUUCAAACAACGCUUCCCACUGCCUCACCUCCUUUUCCUCCGCCUCCGUACAACCGAUCUCAUUGCUGUCUUAUUUGAUUCGUAUUGUCUUGAAAGGAAAAGGGCAUCAUUUUUUUUCACUGUAUAUGAUACCAUGACGCCUUUCCACAGACAUAUCUUUUUUUGUAUCUCGAUCUAUUUCUUUCUAUAAAAUAUGCCUUCCACUACAAAAGGCCAUGGUGCUGCCAGAUUGUAGCAAAACUUGAAGGGGUAAAAGUUAAGAAAAAAAAAUGUGCCUGAUAUUUUCGAUUACAGUACUCCAUUUCCAAAAUGAUGUAGCACCUCCACCUUUCCGCUGAAGUUCCAAGGGGGCGGUGCCAACGAGAUUCAUACAUCGGUAUUAAAAGGCCAAAGCAACAUUA